AUGGUCGAUACGCUUCGUGUCCGAUGCCCGAACAAGCAAAAAGGAUGCGACUACGAAUGCGAGCGUCACUUGCUCCGCGGACACGUCGCUUCCGAAUGUGCAUUCGAGUACGUCGACCAGGACCUCACCGAGGGCAAACGCUGCGGAUGCUCGGCCAGAGUCAUGCGCAAGGACUGGGCCUCUCACGGCCUCUCGUGUCCCAAACGCAAGGUGACCUGUCCAACUUGCGAUACCACGCUGAGCUUUGACGAGCUCGAAGAUCAUUCCCAGACCUGCUCACCCGAGCCUGCCGUCUGCGAGUUUUGCGAGCUCAGCACCAUCAAGAGUCGUCUCACACUUCAUGUUGCCAGCGACUGCGAGCAAGCCCCCGUGCUCUGCCCGCAUUCCGCUUUUGGAUGCGGCUGGGUCGGUCCGCGUCGUCGACUUACCCGACAGGCCGACACAGCGUCCAAGAGCACCGAGCUGACGCACUUGGAGGAUGAGUGCCGCUUUGAGCCGCUCAAGGCGUUUUUCGACAUCUUCAGCCAGCACGUCAACAGUCUCAAGGAGGAAAAUUCUGUUCUCAAAGCGCGCUUAGACGACUUUCAGACUCGCCAGCUGGGUCAGGCACGUCGUGUCGACGACUGUGUUCACAGCCUUGGCAGCUGGUAUCGGUCAGCAGGCGAACUGCGCUCGGUAGGGCUCGAACAGCGUGCAAGAGGAUCACAGAUGGGGGUGGAUGGAGAAUGGGACGAGUUCCCGCUCGAUUCGCAGAAUUGGGAACGGUCGCUGAGCCAGCAAAGUUUGGCAGCGCGGCAGUCAAGAGCGCAGAGUGCCUCAGGCAUUCCCAGUAUGGACUUGGCCACGUGGGCUCGAAGGCAGUAUUCCGACCUGUCCUCGUCGGAUCUCUUGGAACAGGCCAACGCAGCGUCGCGCUUGCCGUCGCAGCGUGCCUCAAGCUCUUAUCCGUCUGUCGUCAUGGAUGAUGCCAUGUUUCAACAUUCUUCGCCACGCUACUUGGCACCACCUGCAGCAGCUCCUCGAUCCAUGCCUAGCACUAGCUCUAAUCGUCUCGCUACGCACACGCCAUCUCCUUCACGCGAAAGCAUGUCGUACCUCGGCAGCGCAGAGACGAGCGCUUCUGCCACCACAGGUCGAUCUGCGACGUCUACGUCGAUGACCACACGGCUCGAAGCCAGCUCUUCCGGCACAUCCGCUCUGUCCCCGCUUGCUUACGGUUUCCCGCCUGGCCCUCUACCCGACGCAGACCGCGAUGGCGUAGACCGAAGCAGCCUCGAUGCGGCCAUUUCGUCGCUCACCGCUUCCGUGGCGGGGCUCAGCUCCGGACUGUCCAGCCUGGACAAGCGCACAGAGGAAGGUCACAUUGCCGCUGUCAAGGCUGGAUUCGACGCGGGCAGGGUGCAGGAAGAAGUGGCCAGUUUGCGACACGGCUUGCAUGCGGUGCGCAUGCAGAUCCACCAAAUCCUGAUGCAGCAGCAGAGACAUGCGCUCUUCUCGUCGCCUUCGUCCAUGGCGGCUCUUUCGCCGACUGCGCCAGGUGCGAUGGGCGGAACCCCGGCGGAUGCCACAGCUGGACCUAAUUACAUGAUGACGCCGGCCGGCGCCGGCGCGGCGGGAUUGCCCAUGCUCUCUCCACCGCUGUUAAGAAGAUGGGCCGGAUUGGAACAUACGAAGCUCUAA